UGUCUUCAAUCACACUGUCAGAGAAUCUUGCCAGAUUAGAUGUUUGGAUACAGAGACUGUAUGUAAACGGUCUUCCUUUGAAGAAAACACCUGCAACACAAUGGUUCCACUGGUCAAAGACAGAUACAUCAUCAACAUAACAACAAACAACUGUUUCAACUGUGACAAUCCAGUGAAAGCGCCCGAUGAGAAAAUUAAGUUGAAUGUAACAAUUAAAAUUGAAGAAGGAGGAAAACUUGACGCUGCCCAAGCUGCUGGAAUCAUGAACAACAUGGCCAACCUGGCCACAUCCAUGACAGGGUCGUCAGCUGCUUUGACUGUGGCAGAAGGAGUUACGGGUGUCUUAGUGAGACAAAAAGAGGCCGCGAUUGUACAGGACAUCUCCCUUGCUUACAGGUCUUCAAAUGACAGCAUGAGUAUUAUUGAAAACAAAGAGACUCUGGCUAAGUUUUCAAGAUCUGUCACAGUGUCAAAACAAGCGUUUGUAAAAGCUAGUUCGAAUGGUACCAUACCAUUUGCAGCUGUUCUCCGAUUCCUCAAUCUGGCUUUGGAUAAGAAGAACAGCACUGUUUUAGAAAAUGAGGUUUUAGCAGUUGAAAUGGGAACCACUAUCACCAAUCUCACAGACAAAAUGCAGAUAAAUUUUUUGAACAUGACAUACAAAGGAAUUCCAUCUUGUCACUCAUGGAAUGGUGAAGGGAGUCAACCAAACUGGACCGAUGACGGAUGUCUGACAAUACAUGAUGGACAGAACAUUACAUGCGAGUGUUCGCAUUUGACAUUUUUUGCUAUCUUAAUGAGUCCUCUUAAUGAAACCAUAUCUACUUCCGACCUGAACAACCUCACCAUCAUCACCCAAGUUGGCUGUGGCUUGUCCAUGUUCUUCCUCUGCAUAGUCCUCUUCAUGCACUUCCUGCUGAGGAAGACCAAGGCCAGCAAUGCCACAAGGAUUCUCAUCCACCUGGUUUCAGCCAUGUGCCUGCUUAACUUCACUUUCCUAAUCAACAACUUUGUGGCAAAUAUGAAGAAUUCUGUGGGUUGUAAGAUCAUGGCAGCUCUCAUGCACUACUUCAUGUUGGCCACUUUCACUUGGUUUGCUGUGCAGGCCUUCCACCUCUGCUUGCAGAUAUACACUGGGGGCCAGAUUGUAAUCCGUCGCUACAUACUCAAAGUCUCCAUUGUCAGUUGGGUACUACCAAGUGUAGUUGUGAUUGUACUGCUCAUUUUAGGAAAAUAUGGUGAACAAGUCAUUCACACUAAUGACAGUGAACAAACCGCGGCCAUGUGCUGGAUAACCGACAAUUUGGUGCACUACAUUGUUAACAUAGGCUACUAUGUUUUGGUCUUCAUCUUCACCUUCACUACCUUCAUCAUCAUACUGUCCUGGCUCUUCUUUCUCAAGAGAACAAGAACCGGACAAACGAGCACACAUGGCAAAAAGAUUGUAAUCAUCCUGGGACUCUGUUGCAUGCUGGGUAUCACUUGGGGUUUUGCCUUCUUCGCCUACGGUGUCCUCCGGAUCCCCUCCUACUACAUUUUCACAGUCCUCAAUUCUUUCCAAGGUUUCUUCCUGUUCAUCUACUACUAUAACACCAGCCACACAGGAGACACAACCGGUGGUGCGAGCAGUAAUAAAAACUCAGUCAGCACCAACACUGUUAAAACCAGCCUGGACAUCUUUGCGAACCCCUACACCGAUCCACCAGAAAAAAAAAAAAAACCCUGAAAGACGAAUUGGGACCAAAGAGUGAUGAAAAGGUCAGUUUGAAGUAACUUGAGACUACAAGCAAGUACUAAGAAUUAACUGGAAAGUGUACUGAUGUAUGACUUUGUAAAAUGCAUCUUUCAUGACAUAUUUGAUAGUCAUUAGUGUGUAUAGGGAAAUUGCUUCAAUACUACAUAUUAUUCCUUGUAUGUUUUGUUUAGGUUAUCUUAGGAUCAGAAUUUGGUUUGAACAAUUUCAUUCAGUAGCUAAGGAUCAUAAAAGGGUGUGUCAUGCAGUUGAAUUAAUGACUUUUUGUAAUGCAAAAUGUAUUGUAAUGACAAAUUUUUUAAUGGAAUGAUUUUGAAUGAGUAAGUACUUCUUCAAGGCCCUCUGAUCUUCCACAGAUAUACAAAAUAUCUAUAGUUGUGGAUAGACUACUACUACGUUUUAACACUUCGAAAUAUGAAAAGAUGAAAGUGUGGAAAUAAGAAUCUUUUAUUCAGUUUCAGUUACCCAAACAUUAAAACAUACAUUAUGCAUCAAUAUAUAUACUAUUUUUUAAAACUUAUUUUAAGUUGGGAAAUUAUUAUUACUUUUACAACAAAAGAGCUUCUGCUUCCUUGAGAGCUUGUUCCAUUUCAGCAGCCUCCAGCGAAAAGUUCUCCCUUUCCUGCUUUAUAUGUUGCAGUGCUUUAGUGAGUUCUGUCAUUGUUGCUUGGAUUUCCUAUAAGUGUGCAAAAUGAGGAACAUUUAAAAACACUCCAACCAUCCCUUAAAUUUACCACAAGAAAUAGCAAAGUUACAUUGGCCAAUAUACGAAGGAGUGUGACUCACCUCUAGCCGAGCACGUUGCUGUGAUGCAGUGUCUCCAAACGCUUUUAAUUCAUUCAGCAGGUCUGUGGAGACACUCUGAAAUGGAGACAAUAAAAUAUAUGCAUUUAAUAGUUGGCACUGCCUAUGAUAGCCAAAAGACUGUAACCCUUUAUGUGUAGGAUUCAAGUAUAGUCUAUAUUUAAAAUUCUAAAACAAGUAACAUUUCUUUUGUCACUUUUCUUUAAUUGUGUGGUUAUGUGGCAUAUAACAAGUGCAUGUUUGUAGUUAUUUGUGGGAGUCUGAUAAAAAAAAAAAGUUUGAUAAAGCAUAUGAUAAAUAAAACAUGACUGUGCAUAUAACAUCAAGUAAACUGAAAUAAAGUAUACGCACCAUAA